UACUUCAUACACUAUCACUGAGAAGAGAAAUUUGUUAGCAAUCGAAAACGCGAAAUUCGAAUCAACGAAUUGAAAUAUGCAGACAGGAAAGAACGCAGCGGCAGCGGUCAAAGAAACUGCGUCAAAUGUUGCAGCUUCGGCUAAGUCCGGCAUGGACAAAACAAAAGCCACGGUGCAAGAGAAGGCUGAGAGGAUGACAGCACAUGAUCCAAUGCAGAAGGAAAUGGCAACCCAAAGGAAAGAAGAGAAAAUCAAUGAAGCAGAAAUGCACAAACAAAUGACACAUGAACAAAACGAAGCAGCAAAACAACAGAGAAACGUAGGUACCCCUGCCACAGGUGGUGUUCUUGGUGGUCAUGGUCACUCGACUGGGAUGAACCCAAUGUCAGCAUUACCAGGACAUGGUACGGGUGCUCCACACGGUGGGCAUGUUACUGAAGGAGUUGUGGGUUCACACCCAAUUGGUACCAAUACAGGUACUGGCGGAACCACUGCCGGUAACCCCCGCGUUGGUGGGACUCAUAAUUCCUCCCUCACCGGUGGAGGAUACAACUAAUCGAGGCUUGGGAACUCUUUUACUAUAUUUCUAAGCUUCUUUGGUUUAUAUUUAUUUUUAGGAGUGCGCUUUAUGUUUUUGUAUGGAAGACGUUGUAAUUGGAUGUUUGCAGUCGUUGUAUGUGUUUGCUAGGAAUGUAAUUUGAUGUUUAAUAAAAAUAAAAAUAAGUUGAACUGUUGAACUA